AUGUCAAAAGAAUUUUCUCAAGAAAAAGAUGCACUAGAAAACGGUGAAAUUACAAAAGCUGAUAAUUAUACAAAACUCGACGUGAAUGAUUCAGAGAGCCCAUCUGCUAAAGACUUAAAUACACUACGUAAAAUUGCUGGUGAUGUACCAACUGCCGCAUGGUUUAUAAUACUCUGUGAACUUUGUGAACGAUUUACUUAUUAUGGUGUCUCUGGUCCUUUCCAAAAUUACAUUCAAUUUCCUCCACCUGCAGAACAGGGUGGUCAACCUGGUGCAAUUGGUGCAGGUCAACAAGCUGCAACCGCUUUAACUUUGUUUUUUCAAUUCUUUUGUUAUAUUACUCCUAUAUUCGGUGCUAUUCUUGCUGAUCAAUAUAUUGGAAGAUAUAAGACUAUUGUUAUGUUUUGUUGUAUUUACAUGGUCGGUUUAAUUAUCUUAACUUUGACCGCAAUUCCACCUGCAAUUGCUGCAAAUGCUUCUCUUCCUGGUUUAAUUAUUGCUAUGGUGAUCAUAGGGUUGGGUACAGCAAUAAACAUUGGUGCUCUUUCUCCAGUAAUCACUACAAAUAUCGAAAAAUAUAUUUCUUUUUGGUUGGCUUACCUAAUUCCAUUAAUAAUGUUUAUUUUCGCAAUUUUGGUGUUAUUAAUUGGAAAAAAUAAAUUGGUUAAAAAACCUCCAAACGGAUCGGCUUUAUUAAAUUGUUUUAGAGUUCUCUGUAUAUCUUUUUCUCAUGGUCGUUCUUUGGAAAAUGCAAAACCUUCUAAUAUGUCUGCUGAUGUUAGAGUCAAAGAACGUGUAACUUGGGAUGACGCCUUUGUAGAUCAAGUACGACUUGGAGUGCAGACUGUUCGUCCGCUACAAUGCAAGUUGGUACCAAAUGAUAUUAUGAAUAAUUUGGAUCCUAUUGUUUUAAUUAUUUUCACUCCACUCGCAAAUUACGUGCUUUAUCCGUUACUUCGGAGAUGUGGAAUUUCUAUUCGACCCAUAGCAAAGAUUUUUAUAGGAUUCAUGUUAGUUAGCUUAGCAAUGAUUUAUGCUGCUAUACUUCAAUAUUUCAUUUAUAAUACCAGCCCAUGUUAUAACCAAACUCUAUGUUUGGUAAAUGACGUACCUACUCCAAAUAAUAUUAAUGUUUGGUGGCAAGCGCCUGCAUAUGUUUUUAUUGGUUUAUCUGAAGUAUUCGCUGUGAUAACAGGCCUCAAUUAUGCAUAUUCAAAAGCUCCAGAAGCUUUAAAAUCUUCUGUGACUGCUAUAUUUCUAUCUACAAGUGCGUUUGGAUCCAUAUUAGGGCUCAUGUUUAUACCAUUAUCAACAGAUCCUUAUCUGGUUUAUAUGUAUUUAACUCUUGGCAUGUUAGCUUUUAUAACUGGACUUUUGUUAUUGUACUUUUUAAAUGGGUAUGAUGAUUUGGGCGAAGUUGAAAAUCAAAAAAUUGAUAAAUUUUGA